GUCAUCAAAUAUAUUGUCUGAUGUCUCCAUUAUUUGCCAAAUCAAGUUCAUUAAUUUUUGUAGCUCUGCCGUUAAUAAGACGAAAGAGAAUACCAGAUUGAAAUUGUUUGGAUCUUGUACCUCUGACUUUCAAUUAAACCAAUUCCCAUUAAAUCCUGAUAAGUAUGUGACAAAUCUGUCAUCGGUUGAACUUUUAUUACAUGAAAAGGAGGUGCUAUCACUUGGUUUCAAUUUUUCUAUCCCAUUAAAGAAUAUUUCGGACUUAGCAAUUGAUUCUCAGUUUGAAAAUUUGUAUGAUCAGUUGAGUUCCCUAACUCCUUCCUCGACAGAUGACCAAAGUUGGUUGAAAGUUAAAUUUGUAGAUGUAGCACACCAAUUCCGUAAUUCAAGUCGGAAACAAAGAAGCAUUUUAAUAUCAACUCAUUUUAAAGCCCUAAAGGAAUUACGUAACAGAACCGAUUUAGUUAUUUUGAAACCUGACAAAGGAUCUGGUGUAGUUGUAAUGGACAGAUGCGAUUACAAAACAAAAAUGUUAUCCAUCCUUAGUGACAAAAGCAAAUUCAUAGCCGAUGUUCCUUCGGAUGAUAUCAGAAAAUUAGAAGGAAAAGUAAAUUCUCAUUUAGUAAAACUUCGUGGCUUGGACGUUAUCGAUAAACAGGAGUUUAAUUCCUUGAAACCCAUGGGAUCUGACUUUCCAAACCUCUAUGGAUUACCCAAAAUUCAUAAGGUUGAUAAUCCAUUACGGCCAAUUCUUUCAAUGUGUAACUCGCC